AUGGAUGGCGGCAAGGAUGUAACGGGUGUACUGGUCAACGUAAAUCGGAGUUGGCUCUCGUUCGACCUUAUGAUCCAGUACAUGAACGAUGGGGUCUUUUCGAUUGGUAUCGUGUCCAAGCUUCCCAGACGAUGCCUGGAUCUAGCCGACUGGUUUGCCAGUAGUAGUGGACUGGCGGCAAUCAUCUUUAGACAUCCGGUGAUACCUCUGGGUUGCGCCUUAGUCAGGCGGGGGUGUGAUAUUGUGGCUGUCAGAGUUGGUGAUCUGGUGGUUGUCUCGUGCUACGUUUCCCCCAACGCUACGAGGAGCCGUUAUCUUGAGUUCCUGGAUAAACUCGGGGAUAUAGUUAGUGAGGCUGGCGGUAGAAGAGUCCUGAUCGGCGAUAACGCUCAGAGAUAUCGUUCGGAAGCGACAUCUCUGCACCCGCGUUGGAACUACGCUAGAAUGAACAUGAGGGCGUUGAUCAUGGUUUUGGAAUGGGAUGGCGCUGCUGGUCCUGUUCUUGGCGUGGGCAACACUUGCGACGGAUCGGUGUUGCGGCGGAUGACUUGGAGGCUAGACGAAUUGCGCGGCGAGUACUGUGUUGCUCGUGAUAACCUGCGGGGCGCCAUAUCUAAGGCCAAGGCGGCAGCAUGGACGGAGCUGGUCAGGACUGUCGAGGCGGACCCCUGGGGAAGACCGUACCGGUUGGUCUUGAACCGCUUGAGGCAUUCCUAUCCUAGAGUCUCGGAGAGUCUGCCCGCUGACUUGCUGCGGGCUCUUAUAGGGUCUCUCUUCCCCGCUGGUGACGGGAGAGCGAUCGAUCCUUGCACGGAGGUCACAUGGACAGAGGAGGACGCUGUGCAGAUUGCGGAAACUUACGCUGCCAUCCGUCACAAGAGAAGCCAGUCGAUUAAGGUGCCGGGCUUGGACGGGAUCCGCUCGAUUGUGUGGAGGAAUGCUCCAAGAGAAUUGGUGGAGAGGCUGACCUCGUGA